AUUCAGUGGCAUGACGUCGAGACGUAAACUCGGUACGAUUGGUAAAUCGGACUGGAAGAUAGAGGAAGCGAGAUAUAGGAAGAUUAGGGAUCUAAUUCAAAUUCACAGCGAAGUACUCAGAACUCAAGAUAAGACAAACGAUUCUCCUUUUGUUCAGUUUCGUCUUGUAUUAACAACAGUUAAAAAAGAACCUUUGAAUAGACAAACAAGAUGUUCAAGGAGAAACGAUCCUCGCCUAUGUCACUAUUGCAAUAUAACUGGACCAUUAGCAUGUUCAGAGUGUUUAAAGGAAUAUAGAAAACGACUAGUUUAUCAGAAGAUCGAGGAACGCUUUCCGGACAUAUCAGUUCGUCAGGGUAUUGUAAAAAGAUCUGCUAGGAAUAAACCAACGGAAUUAGACAUUUAUAAGAGAAUACGAGACAGAAGUAGGAUGGAGCCCGUUAUUUUUCCAGCAAUACCAAAUGACAAAUCCUUCAAUCGAAUAUCAGAUAAGAUCGAACAAUGA